UUCAUUCGUGUUUAUUGGGGUCAUAGUUAUGUUCGAAUUAGGGUUUCUCUUUUCUUACCAAAUUUUCGAUUUUUGUAACCCUCAAUUUACGCACACGCCCCGCUCUCCUUCUCUGAUUUUGGUCUCUUUCGAAUGCGAGGAGUUUCAGGCUUCUCCUUGAGAAAGGUAGAAGUACAUGAGAGGAAAAGGAGUAUCCAUGGAUCAUUCUCAGCCUGGAACUUCUGGGAACAAGAGAAUGAAAAGUGGCAACACCAAAGGAAAUAUUGAUGAUUUUGUUCUCAUUGACGUUGACAGUGAUCUAUCUAGUAAUGUUGUUAUUAUUGAUGUUCCUGAGCCAUCUAUACAACGGGGGUUAAGAGGCUCUAGUGUACAGAGAAAAGAGAGAAAAUUUCCGCAUCAGGGUGUUAUUAGCAUUGAUGAUGAUGAAAGUGACGUGAUGGAUCAUCCUGGAUCUGGUGACAAAGGUGGUGGGGAAUUGGAUAGUGAUGCCACCUCAAGCAAAAGAUCUGGUCCUGCCUCUAAGAAUAUGCGGAAUUUUAUAGAUUUAGAUGGUGAUGAAUGUUGGGUUGUCCAUGAAAAAGGAUCCUCAUUCAGGUUGUCACAGUGCAAAAAGAAAACAUACUCAGACCAAUCUGCCUGCAGGAAUCACUAUGGUUUGUAUUUCGAGGCUGAGACUGGUUCAUCUGAAAGCGAUUCUUCUGAUUCUGAGCUUAUGGAAGGUUCUUUUGGUAAAAUUCAUGAACAAUGGCAAAAAGCUUCCUUAAAGAGAAAGCAUGAUAUUCGCAAUGGUCAAUCGGGUUUAGAUGAUCAGACUAGUAUUUCUGGUUCCCAUACCGGCAAUCAUACCAAUAUUGAAGUAGAUAAUAGGUCAGAAAAGCACCCGGAAGUCCCUGUUUCUUCAAGUUCGAGUAGUGAGCUUUAUGAAAAAGAAAAUUUCUCUUCCUUCUUUGGGAGUGGUGGAGGAUACAAUGAGGGUACUUCUUUCAAUCCUGCUAUGGAAGGCCCUUUUGUAAAAUUUAGUCAGAGUUUUCACCAGACAUCUACUGACGAUCCUCCUUUUAGCUAUGACUGGCUAAGAUGCAAUCAUGUUAAUGGGUGUGGCAAUGGCUUUCUGAGUGGUGAAAGAAGUCCUCAAAGGCCUCCUUUGUGGACCAAUCAAAAUCACAGUGAUAAGCAAUCUAACUGUACAAGGUCCACUCGAGAAGGUGAAAUAUGUGUUGAUCUUGAUGGAGCUGUAUCGAGGGACAAAGAUGGCACGUUUCCUCAGGCACCUUCUAGUUGCAACAAUUUUGAUGAAACACAUGUAAAUAUUGAUAGAGCUGCAUCAAAUGAAGCUGAUGGUAGCGAAGAACUAGUUAACGGUGUUGUCAAUGAUUUUUACAAUCAAGAUCAAGGUGCUAAAGACACAAAGUAUAAGAAUUCCAAUGAAGACGAUGGUGAAAGACAUGCUAAUCUUGAUGAAUGUUUAUUGAGGAAAAAAGAUGAGGAGUUUCACCAGGGAUCCAGUUGUAAUAAUAUUGAUGACAAAGACAAAGGUGUACUGAAUUCUCGAUUAUCUGGUGAAAUGCGGGUUGAUUGUGGUGGUGCUCAUCCUGAGUAUGCAGAUAAUACUGCUCAUGGAGAAUCUUUCUUUUGUGACACCCCUUUGGAAGGCAAGUCAGGAGUGCAUAAUGGAAAACCUUUCAUUGAGGUAAAAUGGAAAACAGAUUCUGAAAAAUUAUUAUUUAGCAACACUCAAUGCAAGGAAACCCAUUUUGUGGAAGCAAAGGUGACUUAUGAUGUAAGGGGUCAAUUACUUACUCAAGAUGUCAAUGUUACUCCCCAGGGUCAGAAAGAUAUUAUCAAUGAACGCGAAAAGCUCAAGGAGACUGAUGAAUACAAGCGAGCAAUGGAAGCAGAAUGGGCCUCCAGGCAGCGCCAGUUGCAAAUUCAGGCAGAAGAGGCACAUAGGUUACGCAAGAAAAGAAGAGGUGAAAGGCGAUUAUUGGAUAUGCAGAGAAGGCAACAGCAACGUGUUCAAGAAAUGAGAGAGACUCAAAAGAAGGAUGAGGAAAAUAUGAACCUGAAAGAGCAAAUUCGUGUUGAAAUAAGGAAGGAGCUUAAUAGAUUGGAAAUGUCGUGCAUUGAUAUGGCCUCAUUGCUUCGUGGCUUAGGAAUCCAAGUUGGAGGCGGUUUUUGUCCUUUGUCACAAGAGGUGCAUGCUGCUUAUAAACGAGCCGUGUUAAAAUUUCACCCAGAUCGAGCAUCAAAAACUGACAUACGCGCACAGGUUGAAGCUGAAGAAAAAUUUAAGCUUAUUUCUCGCAUGAAGGAGAAAUUUGUGGCGACUUUGUGUUACUAAAUACGAAUAGAAGGCUUUGAGGUUGGAGGUGACAGCAUGAACAGAGCCUAAUUUUGGCAUCUGCGAACUGCAGCAUUGGUUCCUCCCUCCUGCCUCCCUCCCUCCCUCCCUGCCUGCCUGCUAGAAAACAGAAAAAUAAACUGAGGGUAAAUGAUCUUUUAUCUAGGGAAGCUAUAUUUCAAUUCACCUGUUAUCGUGCAGAUUAGUCAUUUCAAAUUAUUAUAAAAAAAAAAUUAUUAAAAAAAUAAAAAUAAAAACUCAAUAACCGACAAAUCACAAGCAACAAUGUUAAGAGAAAUAAAUUGAUCUACAUGCUUUUGCAAGCAUUUAGGUUUGGAUUGGUUACACAAAAUUAAAAAUUUUAACUCAAUUUAUCAUUACAAUUUUUUUAAAUUCUUAUACAAAAUAUAAUAAAUAAUUUAAUUUUUUCAAAUUUUAAUACAAAAUUAAUAUUAAAAAAUUAUAUUAUAAUAAUAUUUUAUUCAUUACUAUUUAAAACAUCUCAUCUUAUCUUUAUAAUUAAACGGGGCCUUAAAAUUCAAUAGCAGUCUCUUGGUGUCCACUCCCAUGUUUUGGAGUGGUACUUUUGCUCUCUAGAUGAGCAUUUGCAUUUUCAUGAUGGAUGCUCGCCAAAGUCACAAGGUUCAUGGUAGUAGACGUUGUUGGCCUAGGGGUGAACACUUAAGCUUUUGUGGUACUCAUUUGUUGAGUGUCACUUUUGCUCGAUAGGGGGACGAGUAGUGUUGUGCUCCACAGUGCUCCUUUGGCAGGUGAGUAUUUUGCUUUCCUUUAGUUCUUGUUGCCCUCUAUUAGGUUGAGUAUUGUUCAGGGGCACGUACCCUUAAUUUUGUUGUACUUGCCCUAGGCUGAACUCCUUCGUUCUUGCUAGUGCUCGCCAUGGUGGUGGGGACUGUUUUUCCAUGUUGCUCACUAAAUUGGUGAUGUUAAUUCUCCUCAAAGGCAAGCACUUUCUUUUUUCAAGAAGCUCACUGAAAUUGUGAGGCUUUACUCGCUAAUUUUAUGCAAGAUUGAUAGCCUCUUUUAUUGAUCACAAGGAAAAACUUAUAUAUAUUUUUUCCUCUGCUCAA